UGCCCCCUGAUGCCAUGACAGUGUCGAUAUCGCAGCCGCAACAGCUGAUCGAAAGCGUUCACUGCGAGCCGCUGGCGACUACAUAUGUUGCAUCAACUUCCUUCGUUGCCGUGUCCACGGUUGGCUCUUCGAUGGCAUUGACUACUACUACCAUGUCGUCCUCUUCGUCCUCCACCGCUCAUCUCACAAGUCCUGGGCACGAGCGACCAAACGUAUCCCGCGGCAGUCCAGAACCAGACCCCACUAGUGCCGGCCAUGUGCCCACAGCAACGCCAACGUCAGCCUUACGAAGAUUAUACUUCAAAACGGCUCGGGCAAGCAAGGCAGCCAAAACUGCGGCCACUAUGGCAACGGCAGUUGCGGCGGCAGCCGCCAGCUCAUCGACGGUGCCAAAAGUGGUCGUGAUGGGUUCUUCCACAACGUCCGAGGCCACCAUUAACACCUCCACGGAUUCGGCUUCAACGCACAUCACCAACGUAACGACGACGACGGAUACGGAAACCAAUGAUUCCUUGGAUUUAGGCGACGUUUCGGGCCAGAGCGAGCCGUUACUUAGUUCACUGGAGGAUGAGAAUUCCAGCAUUAUCACCUUAAACCAAUCCGCAGAUAACGAGGAUGAAAACAUCACCGUAAUCAAUGGACCCGAUACACCUCUGUUAAUCAACUACCAGGAAUUGGAGGACCUUUCUCCAAAAUCUCCUAUGAUUCCAUUGCGUGAGUCUCCAAAAGUGAUGGCUGAAGGAUCGAGUCGUACACAGCAACCACGAACAGCGCCAGUAUCUUCAAGUGCAACACGAUUUCCCUUUGAUCCGCCCAUGUCACCGAAAACCUUCGCGAGUCGAGGUGAUACUGGCUCGUUUGCACGCACUCAUGAAACCAUGUUCAGCUUCGAUGAAUCACCCAACCCCGUGCGUCGCCCACCACCAACAUUGCCACCCUUAACGGUUGAGCUGACUCCGGACCACUCUCCGAAAAUCAUCGAAUCCACGGGCCACGAACAAAUUGCCGCACCAACAGGUAAAGAGUCGUCGGUUCCGCCUGUAAAGCAACAUAUCGAUCCGUCACCAUCGACCACAUCCACCCCGAAGCGUUUGAUGAACAGUAUUAAGUCACGUAAAGAGCGUCUCGUGCAGCAGGCCGGAAGUGCGGUGGCCGCAGCCACAGCCGCCGUUACGUCCGUCGGUGGGUCGGGAAAACCGUUCAAAAACCCAAACUAUGAUCCCGACCUGACGAUGUUUCCGUUCGAUCGAGAAGCGAUCGAUUACGAUCGCAUACAGCGCGAAUGUUUCGCCGUCGAGGAGGAGCUUUUGUUUGAGCAUGAGCAACGAGGUGAUGACGACAGUCGAAGCGGCGGACCGGCUGCCUAUGGAGAAUCACCGUCGAAGGCUUUGUUCGAUGCCGAAAUCUUCAGUGAUCACUAUUCGAUCUUUCAACAGUACACCUAUCUGUCACAGCAGGAGACCCGGGACGCGCCGGCUGAACGCACUGUUACGCCCUCCAAGCGCAAUCGAAUUGUUGCCACAUCCGAUGCUUUCACGCCGCAACGUCGAUUGGAGCAACCUGCAUCGGCCACUAGUGGGGUCACCGGUCCGAGAAUGUCCAAGUUUGACCAGAUCGCCACCAAGUUUGACAUGAUGCCGUCGAAAUCGUCCAGUAUGACAGCAACGCAGCCGCUCGGUUGUGGUACGCUUCCGGAUCUACGCGUUGAUUACUUUGCGGAAACUUCGUGCUGUACCGGGGCAGGUACAUCAAUAUCACCCAGUGGGGAGUUAGAGUCAGCAGUCGCUGCAACAGCACCGGCAACAAUGGCGUCGGCUAAAGCGCGUGCGCCAUCUCCCGCAUCGAAAGCGACCUCUGGUGGCGGUGGCCUCCGAUCGAUGGAAGUCGUUGGCACAGGCGCACUACCAACUGGGGCUAUAAAUGUUACCCCGAAUCCGAUGGAAGGAGCAGUUUGUACACAACCGCGGGCGACAAUAGUCGUACAGCAACCAUCACUUAGUCUGGACUACACCUCCGUGGAAACGAUCCUGUUAAAAAAUGAGGGAGACUUUAUCAGCGUCGGCGAACAGGGUGGCAAAGGCGACCCACAGUCGUCUCAAAGGAAGAAGCAACAACGAGAGGAGCACAUGCGACAGCUUCUGGACGUGACCAAUACGUUAACCACGGAGGAAAUUAAGGACUUCGAAAUGCGUUACGGUAGUCCCCAUCACAGCCGAUCCCAGUCGGUCAAAACUCCAGGUAGUCGAGCAUCUGGCCGUCCAAACCAACUAUGUUUGCCGCAACAACGUUCAAGAGUUGCUUCUAUGCCCAAUACAGGUGUUGAAGAAGAAUAUUACAGACUGAGGCAUUUUUCUAUCACCGGCAAAGGUGUCGUCAACAGAGGAGAUUCCUUGAAAAGCAGACGAAGCAAAUCAAAUAACAGCGUGGCUAGUUCAAAUUCCAGUACCGAACACUUAACUCCUGCCGCAGGAGCCGUAGCUGGCUCUGCACGAACGUCGGCAACGUGUAGUUUGGCAUCCAGCCGAGAAAGCAGUACUUCCAAUCCAGCAUCCGGGCCGUACAAAGUGCUAAUGUUAGGUGGAGCAGCCGUUGGGAAAAGCUCAUUAGUGUCACAAUUUAUGACCUCGGAAUAUCUACACGCAUAUGACACUAGUAUAGAUGAUGAUUCAGGAGAAAAAACGGUUUCCGUUCUUCUUAGUGGCGAAGAAUCCGAGCUAACUUUUAUAGAUCACAGUUACACGGAAAUGGCGCCUGAAAAUUGUAUGUCUACUUACGAUCCGCACGGAUUUUGCGUGAUAUACUCGUCUGCGGACAAGGCAAGCUUUCUUAUAGCUGAACGGAUUUUGCAAAUCCUGUGGACGACGGAAAAUAUCGCUCAAAAGGCCGUCAUACUAGUGGCCAACAAAGCAGACCUGGCGCGCAGUCGAAUGAUUUCUUCCGAUGAGGGCAAAGCAAUGGCUACACAGUAUGAUUGUAAGUUCAUCGAAACAUCCGUCGGUAUAAAUCAUAAUGUAGACGAGUUGCUGGUGGGGUUGCUUUCUCAAAUCAGAUUAAAACUAGAAAAUCCAGAAAAAUCAAGGGAUCUUUUCCGAAAACGUUCGAUUCGGAAAUCGAAACGCAGAGCCUGUUCCCCGUUGGGAGGUGCUAUUUGCCUGGCUGGAAUCGGCGGUGGUACGAAUCCUAAUACUCCAGUUUCAGGACCACCAACAACCAGUGGCGCUUUCGUUGAAACUCCUCCUGGCAGUGCGCACAGCAGUCCCAGGAAGUACCGGGGCUCACGUACGUCCGCUAGUUUAAAGGUGAAAGGGUUACUAGGUCGUGUUUGGGCUCGCGAUUCGAAAUCCAAGAGUUGUGAAAAUUUACAUGUGCUGUAA